UGACACCUGCAUUUCCGUGGCUCCCACCGUCUCCCCACACCCCAUGUGUUUAUCUCCUCGCCUUCCAGAAGUCCCUUUUCAUUGGGCUGUCGCUUCUUGCGUGGAAUAGAGUACUCCACUUGGAAGCAGGAGAUAGGUUUCAGACCUUGGCCCUACCACUCCUAUGUUAAAGUCUCAGUUUCUCCCACAGUAUUUUUGCCUUGCCUCACGUGGACACCAGGAAACAUAAAGGACAUCUGUUGAGUUCCUGAAUGGCCAAGUACCAUGCAGACUGUUCUGUCUGCCACAUUGAGUCCUCAUGACUUGGUGUUCUUAGAAUUCCCAUUUCACAGGUCCUCAAACUCACUGACAUUAACUGACCUCACAUAGCUAAUGAGUAGCAAGGUAGAUUCAAACCGAUCUAGCCAGUGAGCUCCAAAUCAGGAACCUUCUUCCCUUGUCUGGGCUCUGGCCAGAUAGGUUUUUCAGCUAAACCCUAGCCCAGAACCGCUGCUUCCUCUUUCUCUAGCUGCGAAAUCUCCCUUUCACGUUCCUUUUGCCAGCACAAAAUGCUCUGCUCUGCUUAUCUUGAUUAUUUCAAAAACAAAAUGCAGUAAACUUCUCAGUAGUGCAGGGAGAUAAGCUUUUGGAGUUGAAAAUCUUGGAUUCUGAUCCACACUAGCUGUGUGACCUUGGGCAAGUCUCUUGUCUUCUCUGAGAUUUAGCUUCCCUUUGUAUAACAUGGGUGAGUACCUUCUGACCAGCAGGCUCUUGUCCAGUUCUCCCUCGCUGUCCUCCAGCAGGCUCUCCACGGAGACCCAGACCCCUCUGCUCCUCAUGGGCAGCUGCCAGGCAGGGCACAACCUGCAUCUCUGCCUGGCCCACCACCCACCACUGGUCUGUGCUACUUUGAUCCUGCUGCUACUUGGCCUUUCCGGCCUGGGCCUGGGUGGCUUCCUCCUCACCCACAGGACUGGCCUGCGCAGCCCUGACAUCCCUCAGGAUUGGGUCUCCUUCUUGAGGUCUUUUGGUCAGCUGACCCUGUGCCCCAUGAAUGGGACUGUCACAGGGAAGUGGCAAGGGUCUCAUGUCGUGGGCUUACUGACCACCUUGAACUUCGGAGAUGGUCCAGACAGAAACAAGACCCAGACAUUCCAAGCCAAGAUCCCUGGUAGUCAGAUGGGAUUGAAAGGGUCUUUUGCAGGAGAGCUGAUCCUCAUCACAGCCAGAGUGACCUCAGAAAGGACUCCAGGAACCUGUCUAUAUUUUAGCGCUGUUCCAGAAAUCCUGCCCUCAAGCCAGCCACCUAUAUCCUGCUUAGAGGAAGGAGCAGGAAAUGCCACCCUGAGCCCUAAGAUGGGUGAGGAGUGUGUUAGGGUCUGGAGCCAUGAAGGCCUUGUGCUCACCAAGCUGCUCACCUCGGAGGAGCUGGCUCUGUGUGGCUCCAGGCUGCUGGUCUUGGGUUCUUUCCUGCUUCUCUUCUGUGGCCUUCUCUGCUGUGUCACUGCUGCAUGCUUCCACCCGCGCCGGGAGUCCCACUGGUCUAGAGCCCGGCUCUGAGGGCAGUGGCCUAGUUCCUGCCUUGUUCUCAGGUGUCAGUCAACUUAUUGGGCUUUGGUUCUGAAUUGGAAGAGAUGUCAUAAAAAGUGAAGAGCUGGAUUGUGGGGGAAAAUAAAAGGCUUUUUUGCC